CUCACCGUGUAGUUUGCUGGCGGCUCUGAAACAGCCCGGUCAUCAUCGUAGCGUUCGCUUCCGAUUCGUUUCGUUUCGAGUUGUCGAGUGGGAAAUAUAUCAUUAUUUCCGAAAAGUGUCCAAAGUCGUGAAAAAGUGUCGGCACCUAUAGCUAUUCUCAUCCGUACUCGUUCUCCUUUGAGCCGCGAUCCGAGUGGGCACCUGAGACUUUCGAGUUCUGGUUGUUUGACGAAUAGACGAAAGACCGUCGGCAAGUGUUCCGGUUGGUGUAAAGUUUCAGGGCUGAUAAGGCCAGUGUUGUCGGAGGCAACAACCAAAAUAAAAACAGAAGAUUUAGUUUCUGAGGAGGUCACAAGUUACGUCUAUUCUAUCUGUACAUACAUAGAACCACAGAUCAACAAGCAAGAGAAGCCGCUGCCUUCGAGCUUAGAUCAGAUCGCCCUCCUAGAUUAUGGGCAUAUCGGAGGAGAUCAAGCUGGAGGAACUACCGCAAGAAGCCAAGCUAGCGCACCCAGAUGCCGGAGUGCUGGUGGACCGCGCCCCCGGAUCGUCGGCCGCCUCCACCGGCGCAGCGUUAACGGUUUCAAUGUCGGUCUCCGGCGCAACGCCCAGUGGUGCCAGUGGAGCAAGUGGCGGUACCAACAGCCCCAUUUCGGACGGGAACAGUGACUGCGAGGCGGACGAGUACGCCCCAAAGCGGAAGCAACGUCGUUAUCGCACAACCUUCACCAGCUUUCAGCUGGAGGAGCUUGAGAAGGCCUUCUCCCGGACCCAUUAUCCCGACGUGUUUACGAGAGAGGAGCUGGCGAUGAAAAUUGGAUUAACCGAGGCGCGCAUUCAGGUUUGGUUCCAGAAUCGGCGUGCCAAGUGGCGCAAGCAGGAGAAGGUCGGCCCCCAGUCGCAUCCGUAUAAUCCCUACCUGCCCAGCGGCGCCGCUACCAUGCAGACGGUUGUGGGGGCCGCCCUCCCGCCCAAUCCCUUCAGCCACCUCGGCUUCCAGCUGCGUAAACCCUUCGACGCUCAACACGCCGCCAAUCUGGCCGCCUUUCGCUAUCCUCAUCUCUCCGCCGCUCCCAUGAUUCCGUCGGGCUACUUCAACCAAUUCCAGAGGGCUCCUCCCCACAUGUUGCCUCAUGGGAUGGCUGGCAUGUACUCCCCUUCGAGCUCCUUUCAAUCGCUGCUGGCCAAUAUGACGGCGGUUCCACGAGGUCCCCCUCUAGGAAAACCUGCCGCCCUGCUGGUGGGAUCCCCCGAUCUCCACUCGCCCAACCACCUGCUUGCCUCCCCACCCACUUCUCCCGCCUCUGGACAUGCCUCUCAGCAUCAACAACACCCGGUCGGUCAUCCACCGCCCCCUCAGGCGCCUCCUCAAAUGCCUGUUGGAGUCCAGCCCGCUCAACUUUCACCCCAACAACUAGUUGGGAUUGCCUUAACCCACCAGGCGCCUUGCCUAUCGCCCACCCAGACUUCUCCGGUGGCUCUGACCUUGUCGCACUCUCCCCAGCGACAACUGGCACCACCACCUCCAUCGCAUCAGCCUCCUCCUCCUCCACCCAGAGCAGCCACGCCUCCUGAGGACAGACGCACAUCCUCCAUUGCCGCACUGCGUCUGAAGGCCAGGGAGCACGAACUGAAGUUAGAACUGCUGCGUCAGAAUGGACACGGAAACGAUGUGGUCAGCUAGCUGAAGGAGAAAGUGAGUUCCAAGGAUUCCAAGCCCAAGUGCAAAAACUUUUCCCGUUCACUGUAAAUCUAGGCUUGUAAGUUAUUUAAUUGAAUGUACUUAAGGUUGAAAAUUGAAUAAAAUUUAUGGAAAACUAA